UUGUGUGAUAAAGGCUGGUUCGGUCCACGCUGCCAGUACAAAUGUCACUGUACCGAUGACAACUGCGAUGACAUCUACGGCAAUUGCACAAGUGGAGCUUCGUGCGAUCCGGGAUGGUUCGGAACAGCCUGUCAGUUCGGUGAGCUAUGACUUGUUCGGAACAGCAUGUCAGUAUAUUAAACAGCCUUGCACAGUGAUUCCCAAACUUUCCAAUUAUCCACGCCCUUGAUGAAUCCAUGGAUUUCCAAUGACGUAUUUAAAAAUAUAACAAAUAGAUGACUUAAAGAAUAAUUAUUAAAAAAAUAAACAAAUAAAAACUUAAUUACUGCAGAACGCAAUCUAGUAAAGAAUUGAAUCCGACUCUGCUGUUAUUAAAGGGUGAGUUUUUGGUUUGCACCAGGUGCACUAGAUCUCGCGUCCUAUUAAAGCGAAUUGAAAAUGGAAAUACAAUUAUGAUUUUAUAUGAAUAUUUUGCGGGACCCCAAGUAGAAUGCCACGGCUUCCCCAUGGUCGAAACAACGCACAAUUUUAGAGCUGCUGGCCUAGUUUAAAACCAAUUAAUUUAAGUUGCAGAAUUUUCUACAAGUGCAAGAUGAAAAUGUUCACCGCAGAGCAUCUAUACCAUUGUCUAGUAAAGGUUGAACAACUUUAGUUUGUAUAUUAGCUUUGUUAUAACAACUUCAUUUUUGUAUAUUAGCUUUGCAGCAACAAUUUCAGUUGGUAUCUUAGCUUUGUUACAACAAUUUCAAUUUCCACAUUACUUUUCGUUGAUCAGAGGAUUUAGCUGCAAACAUUACGAUCACACUUCUGCCCAUGUCCUUGACGACCUUCAACAUCACGGAUGGCGAUGACGACACCUGUCUUCAAGUGCCCAACGUGACGUCAUUAAGAGCCGCAUUGCCAACAAACCUCCCUUUCACGUGGCUCAGGCUUCACUUCAACACUUCCGGUAAAGUUGUUGUAAUUAGUGAUGUAACUAUUCAGGUCAACUCAAACGAUAGCACUGAAAUAUAUUUCUUGCAAUCACUAAGGCAAAAUUCAAUAGAUUUUCAAAAAACAUGAAGAAAAAACAAGCUCUUAAAUUGUACUUUUUUUUUCUCUAGUAUAUUAUUACUUAUUAUGAUACCACGUUGAACAAAAUACUGAACACAUUAUAGCCUCCUGUCCGACACAGAAUAGAGAGUUUUCUUUGAUAUAUCUUUAAUUCUGUUCACUUUGUAGCAAUGACAUACUUCUUUUAUGUACUUUGAAGUGACCACUGACACUGACAUUGGGCUGACCUUCAGAGACUCAAGCAAAAGAAGCCGCUCGUGUGACAACAAAGUUCCUGUUGUCAUUGGCAACCACACUCUCGAUAUCCACUGUGACAUGAAUGUGACAGUUGAUCAAGUGACGUUAACUGGGGACUCUGUCCAAUUUCUCUGUUCCCUCUACAUUAGUGGAGGU